CCUCCCCAAUUCGGGGUGUCCCCCCCCAGGCUGAGGGUGGCCCCCCGGGCCCUGCUGUGCUGCCCCCCGAGAGCCUCGAGAGCCCCCCAGAGCUCCAGCACCGCGGGCAGCCCCCCGGCCAUGGCAGCCCCCCCAGUGUCCCCGGGCCCCCCGGGCGGGCUGGUGGCGGUGGCGCAGGUGACGAGCACGGCGGACAAGGAGCACAACUGGCGGCAGUGCUCGGGCGCUUUGCGGCGCGCGGCGGCCGCGGGGGCCCGCGCCGUGUUCCUGCCCGAGGCCUUCGACUUCAUCGGGGACAGUCCCCAGCACAGCCUGGCGCUGGCAGAGCCCCUGCACGGGGACACCGUGCGGCGCUACCGCCAGCUGGCCAGGCCGUGUCCCUCUGUGUCCCCAGGGGAAUGUGACGUGUGGCUCUCCCUCGGUGGCUUCCACGAGCGUGGCCAGGACUGGGACAGCACCGGCCGCAUCUACAACUGUCACCUGCUGCUGGACAGCUCGGGCGCGCUGGUGGCCGCGUACCGCAAGCUGCACCUGUUUGACGCGGCGCUGCCGGGGGCGCCGGCGCUGUGCGAGAGCUCCUUCACCAACCCUGGCCGGGAGCUGCUGCCCCCCAUCGACACCCCCGUGGGCAAGGUGGGGCUGGCCGUGUGCUACGACCUGCGUUUCCCGGAGCUGGCCCAGGCCCUGCGCGGGGCCGGUGCCCAAAUCCUGACCUACCCCUCGGCCUUCACCGUGCCCACCGGAGCCGCGCACUGGGAGGUGCUGCUGCGUGCCCGUGCCAUCGAGUGCCAGUGCUACGUGGUGGCCGCGGCGCAGACCGGCCGCCACAACGCCAGCCGCGCGUCCUUCGGCCACUCGCUGGUGGCCGACCCCUGGGGCACCGUGGUGGCCCAGUGCCACGAGGGGCCGGGGCUGUGCCUGGCCCACAUCGACCUGGCCUACCUGGAGCAGGUGCGCCGGGAGCUGCCCGUGCACGGCCACCGCCGCGGGGACAUCUACGGGGCCCUGCCGGGGACGCCGGGGACACCGGGGACACCGGGGACGUGAGACCCGCCUGGAAAUUGCACUGGGUUUGCUCUUCUGUGCCCAGAGGGGGAUGGCACCACGUGUGCCCCCUUUCUGUUUGGGGGUG